AUGAUGAAGCAAACUGUAGACUCAACAAAGAUUGAGACUUAUUUCAAAGGCAUUGAACCAAAGCAGAGAACACAAAGUUUGCCAAUUGAAAUCACGAGCAGAAAACCUGUAAUUGCGUUGAAAUUCAUGAUUGAUCAGGAUCAGAUGGUUCAAACUUUGCGAAUUCAGCUUUUUUUCAAAGAUACAAGCUCCUUUAACCAAUGUCUAGAUCUGAUCCAGGAUUCUCAAUUGCUUGAUCCCUCGCUGCAAAUGAUUACUAGUCAACUUCCACUAACCUUUCUGACUCAGGAUAUUGAUGGAGGUAACUCCAAUUCCUUGUCCAAUUCUAAUAUAGGAGAUCCUCAAGAAACAAUGUCGUAUUCCACGAGGUCAACUUUUUGGGAACCUCAGUUUCAAGCCUCUCAAAGUCCACCCGAUCUGAGGAAAAUUAUUCUACUGAAACUUCAAGACCCCAAUUUUGUAGAGAAAGUAAAGCUUUUGGAAGACGUGAUUUCGGAUGUUUUAAUCUGA